GAUACGUUCAGCUCAUGUAUUCGGUUCAUGCUCACAUUCAAUGCGUUGUGGUCGAUUUAUCCGGUCAACGUCUCGACGGAGUUUCAACCUCGGCCAUGUCACACUGAGAAAUUCCCGGAAUCACGGUGGCAGACGCAGUGGAACUAGUCAGGAUUUGAAGUAGAGGAGCUCAUUUUGGGGCUCGGUUAUCAUGAUCGAUAGAUUCUUUUCUGUGCCCGUGGAUUACGCCAAACGAGAUGGUCCGCACUGUGGACCGCACAUACGGAUGUUUUUACCCAACCUUCAAGUUAUUCCUUUGGAUGAAGCCAAAGGAUCUGGCACAGGCGCUGCAGAGUCGAAUUUACCUCAUCUCUUGUAUUUGCAAGGUAGUUCAGGAUUCGCUGUCGACCUAUCUUACAGCGUAGACUUUGGGAAUGCGGAGCAAGCUUCACAAAAAAAAACCCUUUGGCUUGAUCCUCCUGGGACUGAUUUGAGCAUGUCAAUAACGGCAGACAUCUCCGAAACGAGAUAAAUGGACGACGAGGCCAUUGCCAAGUAUCUCAAACACUUCCGUGCAGAUAACAUUGUCAGAGACUGUGAGACCAUUCGACACUUUCUCCUUGAUGGCAAGAAAAAUCCUGAAGCUCCUAAAUGGACAAUACUCUCGGAGGCUUCUGUGCCACCACCUACCUUUCAUUCCACAGUGAUGGCCUAAAGGAGGUCUUCAUCGCUGGCGGUAUCCCACCUGUGGUCGACUCUCCCAACCCAGUUUACGAAGCCCUCGUUG